GGGAGGGGCAUUUGAUUCGAUUUGAUGUUGAUGGGUUUGUUUUGUCUUGACUUCCACGUGUUGACGAUCGACAGUUCUUUGAAGACAAGCCAUUUUUUCUGUAGCAUAUAGACAAGUAUUUUAGCAGCACAAAUUAGCUCUUCUAGCUGUUCGGUUUGGUAUAUAAGUUGAAAGAUGUCUAGUUGCUGUAGCUAACAAGUCAUCUCGAGAUAGCUGUUCACGAACGCGGGGUUUCUUGUUGAAUCUUACCCAUGAGGUGCAGAUUGUAUGCAUAUCAAACAACCUGUAGAGUUCGUUACAAGACAACCCGGGCAACCCCCGGCAUCACGCAGUCACACUUGCAUAUUCCAAUUACAGCAUAUUGCAGUUACAGGCAGUUCCCGUUACAGUUCGAAUGUCCCUGCUCCGUUGAACCAAGGCACGUCCUCCAUAAAACCUCCGUCCCCCCACAGUAGCUCCGUCACUGUCUUUUCUUCCUUCACCUCCAUCUAUUCCUUGCUCCACCUGAUUUCCACAAGGUUCUUCUGUUCUCCUCUUCUUCUCUUCUUAAUACGUCCAAUCCCUCCUCUUGAGAACUUGUCUUUGCUUCUUCUCUAGAACUUUCUUCACCGCAAUCCGCCAAAAUGCCCGAGAUCACCACCCUUCUGUUCGACUGCGACAACACCCUCGUCCUCUCUGAGGAGCUUGCCUUCGAGGCUUGCGCUGGCCUCAUUAACGAGAUCUGCGAGGCUCGUCAAGUCGAGAUGCGCUUCACUGGCGAGACCCUCAUCAAGGAGUUCGUCGGUCAGAACUUCCGCGGCAUGCUCACCACCCUCCAGAAGAACUACAACAUCGAGAUCUCACCUGAGGACAUGGAGACCUAUGUUCGAAAGGAGGAGGACGCCGUCAUUGCCAAGCUCAAGGAAUCUCUCCGACCUUGUGUUGGUGUUGAUGAGCAGCUCGAGAAGCUUGCCGCUUCUGGCAAGUACACCAUGUCCGUAGUUUCUUCCUCUGCCCUGCGCCGUGUCCGUGCCUCCAUUGAGAAGGUCGGUCAGGACAAGUACUUCCAGGGCGAUGUUGUCUUCUCUGCCGCUACAAGUCUCGAGAAGCCCACCAGCAAGCCUGAUCCCGCUAUCUAUCUCCACGCCCUAGAGAAACUUGGCAAGAAGGCCGAGGAGGCCGUCGCUAUUGAGGACAGCAAGAGCGGCACCCUUAGCGGCACUCGUGCCGGUAUCAAGGUCAUUGGUUAUGUUGGUCCUUAUGCUGAGGAUAAGCAGCCCGAGAUGGAGAAAACCUUGAGAGAUGCUGGUGCUGUUGUCAUCAUGCGAGACUGGUCCGAGUUCCCUGCUGCUCUGCAGAAGAUUGAGGCUGGUGAGGUCUAAGGAAACGAGCUUUGUUGUUGAAAUUGCUUUGAGGAAUACCCAAAAUACAUAUCGGUCAAAUAGCGAAAGAGAUGGAGUAAAUCAUCUAACUAGAUCAAUUGAACUAAUAAACUUUACAAUCUUCUGCUCUGUUAUGGUAACCAACCGCCAUUUGAGGCAAUGUUGAGACUGAGACAUGGUGCAGCUUAUGGUCUCGGAUGCAAGGUCGUUGUCUCAUGAUGGAUUUAUAGAUCCUAAAUAUAGAAAUAUAUAUUCUAUAUGAACUGCAUC